AUGAUUAUCAAAAUAAUUGCUUUGAAUACAGGACAAAAUCAGACUCAAACUGAAUUUGUGUGUGAAGAACAGUUCAAUGAAACUAUCAGAAUGUGUUUGAGUGAGUGGCAUGAUAAAGAAAAACCGUUGUGGACUCUUGAAAGAAUAGAAGAAGCUAUCACAGCCAUUGAACAAUUUAAAUUAGCACCAGUACUUAAGUUUCAACCAACAAAUAAACAGUAUUACUAUGGAAAAAAAUACGAUCUAAUGGAAGUAGGUACUAAAAAAUCUUUGAUUUUGAAGAGAAAGUCUGACUCUGAUCCAGUUGUGAAAAUAGUGCCUGCAGGAAAAUUUUAUCAUAUACUUCGGGAAACUCAUCAGUCAACUGGUCACGGAGACAGAGAUAAAAUGCUGUACAGUUUGAAAUUGCAAUACUUUAUACCCACCUCGGUUAUUCUGGAGUUUUUGAAACUGUGCACGGUAUGUCAGUCUAAAAAAUUUCCAAGAAAAGGAAUCAUCGUUUGCCCAAUUGUGUCCUGUGACUUUAACCAUUAUUGUCAAGUGGAUUUAGUUGACUUGCAGUCAACCCCAGUCAGAAAUUACAAAUGGCUAUUACAUUACCAGGAUCAUGCAAUGAAAUUCAGCUUUCUGUGGCCGUUUACUUUGAAAAGAGCAGCUGAAGUAGCAAUGGAGCUAUUAAAAAUCUUUCUGGAAGUAGGUUGUCCUCAUAUAUUGCAAAGUGACAACAGCCAUCAGUUUACGGUGUCAUACAAGAAUUGA